CUCGCUGCCAAGGAUGCCGCCGCGGCAUGCCAGUGACUUGGACAUGUACGACUUGAAAGGGAAGCUUUGGCCCUUUGUUCUUGGAGGUUGCGAGGCAGAUAACCUGAUGAGCACGUAAGGUUGCCAGGGUACGUAUGAAGUGAUCUAGACGAGUGUGAUUGUGUAGAGAGUUGCCUUCAAGCCUUAUUAAUAUUACGACACCUCCAAGCUUCUCCUGUCACGAGUUAUAGUCAUCACCUCACGCAAUGUGCAGGAAAGUAUAUUCAUAUCCGACUCUUGUCCGACCCCCGAGUCUAUGAAAUCCUUCGUCCCUGCCCAUGAUUUUCGGAUCCCCUCUCAACCCCAACUGAAUGUCCUGAGAUGAAUUCUGAACUGUCUAACGCUCCAGAUUGCCCCUUGCCAAAUUGGUUGAUGUUGAUCGUCUUUGAUCACCUCGAUACCCCAUCUCUGCUCAGUUGCAAACAGGUCUGCAGGUUGUUUAACGAGUUGAUCAGCGCUAGUGCGCGUUUCGUAUACAAAAUCGAGCUAUUCGCUGAGGGAUUACAAGAUUGCAGUAGUAAUUCAAGUCUGUCAGUGGACCGUCUGGCCUUACUACAAAAGUACCAAGCAGGAUGGAAGAAGCUUUCAUUCUCUACUUUCUACGCCUGUCACCCUUUCUUGUCUGGACGCAGCACUGAGGGAUACAGAUGGGGGUUCAGCGGGGGCGUGCUCUUCCAGGCGGUCUUUCGCGAAGAUGCCCUUGCGUUCUCUUGUGUUCAGAUGCCAUCAAAAAUUCGGGGCAUCCCAGAGCAACGUUGGGACCUUGAUAUUACGUGUCUGACCUCUGCAGCACAGGAUUGGGUUCAUGAUCCUUCGCAGGGGCUACUUGUCCUAGUGGAGCUAGUUCCCGCACGAUGCAUUGUUCAUACGCUUGACCUAGCAACUGGCCAUAGCCAUCCUCUAUCUUGCGGUCAACAGUUGGUACAUGAUCCAUUAGGUCAAACAGACAGGUAUUCCGUAUCCACGCGUAUAUUUGGACAUCGUGUCGGCGUCCUGUUGCAGGACAUUAGUUCCAGAAGGGUUGAUCUUUUGAUCUGGGACUGGACAACGGGGACCCGCGAACUAUUCGUCCGUUCGCCGGGAAAACCCAAAUAUCCAAUCAUUCUGGACUUCGCGUUCAUCACAGAAGAUCUAUUGCUACUCACGAACCUCGUGACGCAGCGGACCGCGCAGAUCCAAGUCAUCAGUUGCACAAAGCUCAAGAAAGCUUUUGGCUAUACGCAGCUCAAGGGAAUGGACUUCCUACUUGGACUUCAGAUUCCUCCGUCGUUCCAUGGAAUCAGUGAAUUCUUUAUUCGCAUGGAUCCAGAGCUGAACUGGAGUGCACCCCGCAGAAACACUGUGCCUUUUUGUGUCACGCAGGCGGACAGGUUGUUUAUGUUUACACUUAGAUUCAUCUCCUCGCAAAGCCAAGAUGAAGACGAAGAUGACGACAAGGAUGACUACACGCUCUUGUUUGUCCCUUUGUCGACGAUUCUGAAGCAGCUCAAGCGCGCUGGUUCUCAGAACCAAUUCAAAGUGCCCUGGAAUGAGUGGGGACCGUCCGGAACCCGUAUGCGCGGACUUUACUCCCACCAGACGUGGCAGCGCACAGUCUAUGGCAUGAAAUACCUUGAAAUACGAAGAACUGAAGCCCUUGGGGAGGAGAUUGAGAUAUUGGAUUUCAACCAGUAUGCCGCAAAUCGAGAUGUACCGGCAUCUGAGGGAUACGUGUGGGAUGUUUUGGAAGAGGAGAGCUUUGAUACUCUGCCCGGGACGGUAAAGAAUGAAGUCGUUACAAGCCUUCCGGUCAGAAGAGCAACAGCAUAUCUACCUCCCCACAAACGGCCACUCACGCAUGCGGUGAUAGGUGAGGACGGAAUUUUACUAGGCUCUUAUUAUGAGAAAAUGUGGUAUUACAUGUAUCUGUAGUCGAUUCUGCACCUGGAGAACUAAUGAUAGAUCAGGUUCUGGAGCACUGAUCUCUGUGACUGAAGAGCUUAUCUAAUAGCAUGAAGAGACAAUUUAGGUCAGUGGUCACCGUAAGCAAGGCCGACAACCAAAGCCGUGACUGGAGAGAACAAAUACCUGCGGUACCUCGCACUGUCUUCUGUUGCAAAUCAAAGGAAUCAUAAGUAUUAUGAGGAACUUGGAAGGUUGUUGGAAGGUGCUCG